AUGUCGGCCGUUGUAUUUCAAAUAAAGGACAGCUUGUGCAUUCCGACUCCUUCGAAAAAGAGUAAUAGGCCGGGAGCAAAAUAUCUGCAGCUCUUAUGCCUCCUAAUAUUUACAAUGGUCUUCAAUCUUGAGGGGAGCCAUCUAGUGAUUGAAGCUCUUGUCGCGUUAUUCGGAAAAGGUUCACCGAGUUGCAGUCCACUAAUAGAUGCGCAAAAGCGAAGUGGAGGUCGAAGUGAACACUCACGCAGUUGCGAACCAAUACGGGAAAAAUUUGAUCUGCUAAUGGACGAGAACACGUAUACAUCAACGAUUGUAUCCCCCGGGUUUGGAGUUUCUAAAUGUGCUUUCCAGCCUGAUGUUCCUUCCUCCGCAGAUUUGCUUAUGCACAUUCUGGAAGGACAUCACGGUCAAGAUCUCUGCAGAAAGGGGAGACGAGCUGUACAGGGUGCUACCGUAACAUUCGUUGCUAAAAAGGAUGCUGAAAGUUAA